GCAUCCGGAGCCAAUCACGGAGGGCCGCGAGACCGAAACUUCCUCCGCACCAGCGGAACUCUGGGAAGAAACGCAAAAAUGCGGAAAUAAGUUCUCGCUCCGCAACAACACAACACUGCCGCUGCUGUCGCCGCCCGCGAGGAAAAGAAGAAGAUGGGUGUCAACCGUGUUAACGCGGCACGAGCUCCCGGUGGAGGCGACCAACCCGUCACGGCGUCGCGAUAUCUUUAAGCGGGGCAGCGCGCGGAGAUCCCGUUCGUUUCAACAUCAUCAUUGCAGAAACCGGCCCACCCGUCUCGAUCGCUCGCGCAGAGAUCCCGGGAAAUGUGGCUCACCCCGGAGGAGGUUCCCGUGAAGAGCGCGCUCAAGCUCUGGCUCGCGGAGAAAUCCAAUGAGUUCUUCGUGCUGCAGCGACGGAGGGGGCACGGGGACAGCGGCGGGAGGUUGACCGGUAUGCUGGUGGGGGCUCUGGAUACUGUGCUGGACUCUAAUGCACGUGUCACACCGUUCCGGAUUGUUCUCCAGGUGCCUGGCUCACAAGUCAGCUGGGUUAUCGCUAGUGGAGCCUCUCUAGAGGAAGUGAGAACACACUGGUGCUGGCUAGAGGUGAACCUGCUCGACUCCCUCUCAGUGUUUGAGAACAAGGAGGACAUCACCAGCUUUGUCAACGGCAAAAUCAAGGGCCUCAUAGCGGAUGAGUGUGUGGGUGAGCCGGACCCCGAGGGCAGCCGUGAGGUGUGUGUGCGGCUGGAGCAGCGGUUCGGUCUGCCCCCCCGAGAGAAGCUGGCGGCUCAGUUCACCUGCUGCCUGUGGAAGAGUCACGUGCCGCGCCAGGGCUGGAUGUACCUCACACACAACCACCUGGCCUUCUACUCAUACCUGCUGGGCAAGGAAGUGAAGCUGUUGUUGCCGUGGGCGGAGGUGACGGGCGUGGAGUGUGUGUGUGUUGGCCGCGUGACGGACGUUCUGCGCGUGAGAACCCGGACGCGCCAGCGUGACUUCUCCAUGUUCCUCAGCAUGGACGACGCCAUGGCAACCAUUACGCAACUCACCGACCUCGCCCUCCGCAGAGUCCUGCCCACCGCCGGCCUCCGAACCCCUCACACACUCAUACACACGCAGCUCACCAAGAGGGCGCUGGAUGACCACGUGCUCACUCAGGAUGUGUUGUCCCAGUUUGGUCUGCCGCGGCGUGAGUGUGUGUGUGAGGUGCGGGUGUGUGCCCUGUGGACGCCCUACCUGCGCUCACACACACACGGAACUCUCUUCGCCACCGACACCUACCUGUGCUUCAGCAGCAGAGAACCAGGAGUGUGUGUGCUCAUCAUCCCUCUGUCUGAGGUGUUGUCGGUGGAGAAGGCGGAGACGUCGAGUGUGUUGCCGGACCCGGUGAUCGUGAGCGUGCGCGGCCGGCGGGCGUUCCAGAUGGUGGGUGUGUGUGAGCGCGACACACUCCUGCAGGCCGUCACCGACCGACUCCGCACGCUGCGCUGGAGACACGCCGUCUACAGAGGACAACACACACACGCUACGCCUCUGAUCUCCACGACUCCAUACUACACAUUCUGUUAUGACACGGAUGGAGAGGCUGACAAAUCUCAGAGACACAUCAUCAGUACCCGCCCCCUCAUCUCUCUCAGCCAAUCACAGAUGCCAAAGCACAAGGCCGCGUUGGAGCGGCGUAAGGAGGCCUUGUGGGAGGAGCGCUUUGAGGAGUUUGGUCGUGGAGUGCACAUGUUCCGCACCGCCUGCCUCUACAGGCUGGUUGCCAUGGGGAUCCCAGAGUCACUCCGGGGAGAGCUGUGGCUCACACUCUCAGACGCGGGCUCGGAGUUGGCGUCCCACCCCGGCUACUACGCGGAGCUGGUGGAGCGCUCGCUGGCCGAGGUCUCCGUGACGACGGACGAGAUCGAGCGGGAUCUGCACCGGUCGCUACCGGAACACCCGGCCUUCCAGAGCGAGAGCGGAAUCAACGCGCUGCGCAGAGUUCUGAGGGCCUACGCCACCCACAACACACACAUCGGAUACUGCCAGUCUAUGAACAUCCUGGCGUCAGUGUUGCUUCUCUACUCUAAGGAGGAGGAGGCCUUCUGGCUACUGGUCACCGUGUGUGAGAGGAUGCUGCCCGACUACUUCAACAAACAAGUCAUAGGGGCCCAGGUGGACCAGUCUGUGUUUGAGGAGCUGUUGCGUGAGCGUGUGCCGGAGCUGUGUGUGUGUGUUCCGGACGUGAGUGCGCUGGCGUCCGUGUCCUUGUCCUGGUUCCUCACGCUGUUCCUGAGCGUGGUUCCGUUGGCCAGCGGAGUGUGUGUGCUCGACGCGUUCUUCUGCCUCGGCGCACGCCUCAUCUUCCAGCUGGCCCUCUGUGUCCUGCACACACACACACACACUCUCACCAGCAGCACCGACGAGGGCCACGCGCUCAUGAUCCUCACCAGUUUCCUGGAGCAGGUCAAGCAUGACGAAGAGGACUGUGUGUGUGCUGAAGCAGCAGCAGGCACAGCUGAACACACACACAUCACGACUCUACUCAAAGAGGCCUACGAGAGGUUUGGUGAUAUCAGUGCUAAGCGGUUGGAAAGGCUGCGGUGUCGUCAUCGUAUCCAGGUGUUGCAGUCACACGAGGACACCAUCAAGGAGAAUGCUCUCAGGUUGGUGAUCCCUGAAGUAUCUCUAUCUGCUGAGGAGCUCUCAGAACUCUACGACUUCAUCAAGACUGAGCACCUGAUCAGUGUGUACUGGGGAGACGGCGUGUGUGUGUCGGGUGUGUGUAGCGAGGGCUACCAGCUGGACCUGCCUCAGUUCAAGAGUGUGUACUCCUCGCUGUCGCCAUGGCAAGAGGGAGCGCACACGGAUACGGUUGCUAGGCGCACCUUCACACUGCUGGACCAGAAUCAGAGCAACCUGCUCACCUUCACACAGAUCAGCCACUGGCUAGACAUGCUGUACUGUGAGGAGCUGAACGUGAAGAUCAGGUGGUUGUAUCGCCUGCACAUCCCUCCAGCUUUGAUGGACAGCGAGGAUGACCCCUCCCCCUUGAAGUCCCCGCUGCUGUCAACCACGAGACCUCUUCAUGUGGACCGACCCAACGGGGAGAGUGGCUAUGAGGAGCAGCUGAAACAGAUGUUGAAGGAUCUGGCCAAAGAGAAGGAGAAGGACUCAGAGAAGCCACUGCCACCCAUGAACCAGAGGGAGUUUAUCCAGUUCUGCAAGACGCUGUCCAACAUGUUCCACGGGGACGAGGAGGAGAGCGAGCUGUUCCAGGCCAUCGCCAUGGUGACCAGUCUGGUGCUGCAGAUCGGGGAGGCGGGGCAGCGCGGGGGGGCGGGGCCUGAGGAGGCGUCGCGCUGUGAUUGGUCGGUGAGCCUGGCGCAGAUCCUGGCGUCGUUGCUCACGGAGGCGGCUCUGGUGGCGUUCUUCGAGCGCCACGGCGACCUCAGGGCACGCAUCGCCACGGCAACCCAGCGCCAGUACCAGCAGCGCGCCGGCAUUCUGGAGCUGGAGCACGGCAGCACCUGAGAACACCAACGGAACCCACCGGAACCCAAUAGAACCAGAGCCAGAACACAGACGCCGCGCUGGCCUUGGACAGGAGCAGGGGAGCAGGACUCCCUCUCGGUCAAAGACUACAUCUCCCAGAAGUCUUCAGUUCGCUUUUCCUGUAGGCAGGACCACCUAAGAAACAGCGUUUCCCAGAGGCCCUCACCUCAGGGACUAUAAAGACAUAAAGACCACAUAUCCCAUUAUCCAUGAAUUCUGACCUAGACCCAAAUAUCGGACUUCAUCUCCCAUAAGCCGCCCAAAUCCUGUGUGUGUGUGUGUGUGUGUGUGUGUGUGUGUGUGUGUGUCAAUCACACAACAGAAGAAGCAUCCACUGACUGUCCUCCAAUCAGAUGCCUGACUCUUGACCUGCUGACCAAUCAUCACCAAUCACAUCGGACCAUCACUUGUCUUAUGUUACAAUGUGGGAUUUCAACAGACAUCACCGUCCUCUCUCUCUCUCUUGUGUUCUGCAAGUGUGUGUGUGUGUGUGUGUGUGCGUGUGUGUGUGUGUGGGGGGGGGGGGGGGGGUCCUAUAGGUUUUAUAAGAUGCUGCCUUUUUCUUAACUAAUGUUUUUACACAAAUCCAAAGUCGUGCUUUACCAAGGAAAUGUUUUAAGUGUGAAUUUUUUGUGUGUGUGUGUGUGUGUGUGGCCAAUGAAAAAACACACACACACACACACGUGCACAUGUGUAAUAGUGCUGUAAGUGCUCUCUGACUAGUGUGUUGAGCCUCUGGGUCUGUAAGCUGACAUUCACACUGCUUUGUGAAAUGCUUCUAAACACACAUUAAAAAGUCCAAGCUUUGUGAAAUGCUUCUAAACACACAUUAAAAAGUCCAAGCUUUGUGAAAUGCUUCUAAACACA